AUGGAUCCUUCCUUAGAUUUAGUAGUGCAGUGUACGAUCUCGACGCGCUCUGAAGACAUCCGACCUUUUGACGCACUAUUAAGUGUUAGUUCUGGAUUUUAUUAUAGAAGAUUCGGGACGAGCAACAAUUCCAUUUCACCGGUUGCCAAGGGUUCUAGAAUCACUUUUGAGCUAAUUCUGGUUGUGGUUCAAGCAAUCUGGAAGAGCAAUAGUAUAGAGAUAUUUGAGCUUUUGUGUAAAGAUGAUCGAGUAUACCUCGAAGGCUUCCAUUUCACAACUGCAUGUCACCUGAAAACAUUGCGAUGA